GUUUUCAACUCGGAGAGUGAAAUUUCAAAUAUUAAAUGGGCACUGUAUAACUGCAAUAUAAUAUAUUUUCCCGGACGGUGGAGCUUCGAAUAUAAACUUGGGGCGAUGGCUGGCGUUGAGUGUGGAUAAUACCGAGUUCUGGAUUUGGAUGUUGAAUGCGUUUAAUCGCCGAUAACAAUACAUUUCUUGGAAGUGGAAAAUACUGAAAUGAUAGGCACGCAUUUUGUCAAUUUUCUGAAGAUCGAUUUGUUUACGAUUCUGAAUCAAGCAAACUUUGUGGCGAAAGUAUGCUAUGUAUUGGUGUUGAUGAAUCCAUGCAAAGUUUUAAAUGUGGACGUAUGCAGUCCAACCUACAUCAAACGACCGGAAUCGGAAAGAAGCUGCAACGGGUAUGCAUUAAGUUGUGAAUUCGGAGUUUGUAUUGAAGGUACAGAUACCAUACGCUGCGAAUGCGACCUUGGGGCUUCCGGUCAGUUGUGCGAACAGAGAUGCUGUCGGGACUGCGGUCCGCACGGCUCAUGUCGUGUAGUGCCUGGAUAUCAAAAAGAAGAGUGUCACUGUGAUGAGAACUAUACGGGGGUGUUUUGUGAAAGCCCUAUCCACAUGAAGACUACCAGUCAACGCUUGACGGAACGCAAUACUUACCCGACCCACAUUCCUUGCAAAUGCGUUCACGGCUCAUGCUAUUCUUAUUUAACGGGAACAUGCAAUUGUUACAAAGGCUGGACGGGCACCAUUUGCGAUAUAUCUUGUACGGAUCAUUGUGAUCAAGGACGCACAUGUGAAGAAGUCUCUGGCAAAGUAAUAUGCAUUCCAAACGGAGUGGAGAAAUCGAGUCAUAACGCCUGCAGUUCCGACUACGUAUUUAGACCGGAAGCAGAACGGUCAUGCAUGGAUAUUUUGUAUUGUACAUACGGCACGUGCGUUAUAGAUGUUAACGGAUUCUCAUGUAUGUGCGAUUUCGGUGUAUCGCCAAGUCAGCGCUGUGAGCACAAGUGUUGCAAGGAAUGUGGCGGCCAUAGAGAGUGCAUCUACAAUGCAGAGCGAAAAGAGGAGCUGUGUUACUGUGACACAAACUACAAAGGGUCGAUGUGUGAGAUUUACAAUUCACCAGAAGGGGAGAAGGUACAGUGGUGGUUCUAUCUGCUUGUCACCCUGAUCCCAAUCCUCGUGAUGACGCUGCUUACGUCACUGUUCCUCAUGUAUCUAUGGAAAAGGCGCGUCAUCGUUGUUCUGAAAGCUGUCAGGUUGUUUCAAGCGUACGAUGAUGACGACGAACGUCAAUGGGACGCUUUCAUCUCGUACCGCUCCAAUACCCCGGACGAAGAUUACGUCAUCCAAACGUUAUUCCCAAAACUAACUCGAAAAAUGGGUUUCAACGUGAACGUCCAUUAUAAAGAUUUCAUUCCGGGAAACGAAAUCACCAACAACAUCAUAUACGCCGUAGAGAACAGUCGUCGCACGAUCCUUGUCAUCUCCCCUCACUAUCUCGCGAGCAACUUCACCAAGAUGGAGUGGCAGUUGGCACAACAGAAAAUGCUUGAGUGCAAAAAUAAGAUAAUCCCCAUUCUUCUGGAAGAUAUCUCGUCGUACAAAGACACCAUUGACCCCAACCUGAAAAGUAUUCUAGACUCUGUAACAUACAUUGAAUGGCCAGGAGACCAGUCUAAAAAGGUCGAUACGUUUUGGCAACGAAUAAAUCUGUCAAUGCCAAAAUUGAAGAAACAAGCCUCCUGUUACAUGAGAAGUUCUGUUCAAAAUGGUGGACUCAGUCAGCCGAUAAAUUUGACAAAUGAGAAUUCAGAAAAUUUCAACAACUCAUUUGAACUUGAUUUAAUGACACCAAGGUAUGACAACAGUGUUCCAGAAUGUACAGGAGUGUAACAUUGUAAAUGAGGAAGAGAUACUUGGUCCUGAUGAACUGGACGUUACGCAUGUGUCUGACAAACACACGCGUAAUGAGAUUAAGGAAAGAAAUGAUGGCAGAGGACCGAAAACAUUGGAAAAUGCGGCUAAACGAAUCGAAAACGAUAACAUCUUCAAAAGCGAUGUUUAAAUAUGGCCUUAUAUUUAUUUUUGUGUGUGAUAAUUUUUACGUCUUAAACAUGUAGCAUAUCAGUAAGACACGUAAACCUAUGGUGGUUAGAUAUAUGAUGACUUUAUCAUGAAUUGUAGCAAUAUCAAAAUUAUCAUCGUGUAGUCCUAUUAAGGGCAUGGAUUCAAUACACACUUUGAAUGCAGAAUCGUUCUUAUAUUCCAAACGUUGGUUAGCCAUAUGUAUAACAAAACGCUGAUUUUAUAUUAUAAAAAAUACAAUUUCAGAAUCUCACGUUUACGUUAUUACGAAAUGAAGUCAAUGAUAUUCGACUAUGAAAAUAUAUUGAGAAUUAAAGGCAUGCAUUUGAGAUGUGUAUGCCGUUGUAAAUACCGCUGCUCUACAGAAUCAAAGUUUCAAACAUAGUAUGUUCUAAUUAAGAUAAUGCCAAUGUAUCUGGAUCAUGAAUCUAUGUAUGGGCUGUAUGUUUGCAAAAUAUUCAAAUUAUAAGCAUAUAGUAUAUAGUUCCUGUAAAUUCAAUUAGUAAUUUGUUUUUUCUUUAAUUUUGGAUAAGUGUUAGAAUUUCGAUUUCGACAGAAUUUACAAUAAUAACGUUUCAACGUACAAUGCUUAACAUUUCUUAACCAAUUUAUACAUUGUAUAAUAAUGCACGAUACAUUGUUUAAUGAAUGUUGAAAAACGGUUAAUAGUUGAUACAGUCGAAUAUUAAAGCAAUAAUAUGAUUCUGAGUCUUUCGUUUAAAUGGCCAAAAUGUUUGUAUUAACAAUUGCUAAAUGUAUGCCAUAGUCAAUGCUUUAUAUUUUACAAGCUGAUACCGUAUAUAUAUUUAUCAAACGAAUCGUUAUAAUUUAUAAGUGUAAACCCAGUUUUUGAAAUACGUUUUUCAUUUAUUAUUACAAAAAAUGUUCUAUAACUGUAUAUAUCAUAUGUGCCACAAGUACUGUUAUUUAUUCCUCUGAUUUUAUUUUCGACAUUAUUUUUAGUUAGUUUAAAUUGUUUGAGGCUAAAAUUAUGUUCAUAGCCAUGUCGAUAUUUUUUAGGAUGAACAUUAAAUGUAUUGUGUUAUAUAAACGACAUAAUUGUUUUUGUUAAAAGUAGUAUGCUUACAUAACAAUGUUAGCUUAGCCAUGUUUAUUCUUCUAAGAUAUUGAAAAGAGAACAGCUUAACCUUAUUUUUGACUUUAAACAAAUAUAAAUGUACAUCUAUAAUCUUCAGUUUAUAAUAAGAAACUUUUAUUUAAAUUUUC